AUUUUACAACGCGGAAAAUUCGACUCAAUAACAAUAAAACCGAUUCUUACGCAACCGCGUGAAUUGUUUUUUUUUUUUUUUUUUUUUUUUUUGAAAACGACAACUUACGCAUCGGAGAGACGCGUGACUUUUCGUCGAGUCAACCCCCGCCCCUCAGAUUUUCUUCGCGUGUUACGCGAGAAAUUAGGUUUCGGAGCGUGUAAAAUCGCCUCUGAAACACCGAAAUCGCGCACGCACGGUUGUUUUAGAGUCUCAUCACGAAUUAUCAUCGAUCAUGGUAUCUCGUAUGUUUUUCAAGUGUUGGACAACAGUGGAGUGCCACCAUCGGGAUUCAUCAAUGGGAACAAUUUCUGGUUGGGGAAUCGUCCAAAUUGUAAAAUCAUCUCUGACAAUCACACUCUGUCGCUCUCGGGAGAAGUACGAAAGAACAACUCGAUAUAUCGAAAUCCGAAGGAAGAGUUUCCACCUUUCGAGCUGCAUUUUUUCGCUGCCCGUAUAUUGCACAACAGCACUCUACAAUAUCACGUGGAAGUGAGCAACGAGAAUUUGAUCACAAUCGGAUUUUGUCUACCGGCGUCCUGCACUAAGCAUGAUGUAGCCACGAUGCUGGAAAAAGCGCUGAGCGACAGGAAACUUUUGGUCGGAGAACUUUUCUCUGCAAAUUUCCAGCUAACCGAAGUCGCCGAUUUGGUGGACGAUCAUCAAUGGCUUCUAUCUGCGAAGAUAAUCUUCAUCUUGGGAUUUUUGAUACUGUUUUGUGGUCUUGUGACAGUGGCCACGAUAUACGAUGUUCUCAUCCAUAAAAAACGUUCAAAGAACAAGAAGGAGAUCUUCAGCUUUGAAAAUAAUAACACGAACGGUAAACUCCGAGAUACGCACGCCGAUGAACUGAAGAACGAAAUAGAAGAGAAAUGCGAAACCGAUCAGGAAUCAAUACCCGCGCAAUCGGAGUCACAGAACGAUAUCAUGCAGUAUCUUCUCUGUUUUUCGUUCGUUACGAACACGCGACAGAUAUUUAAGGCAGAAGAAAGCGCAGAUAAUGUGCGUAUAUUCCACAGUAUGAAAGUAUUGGGAAAUCUAUGGAUUAUUAUGGCCCACACAAUCUUCUACUCGCCUCAUAUCACAGCGAAUAAGACGAUUGCUUACAUAUUAAGCGACACUGUACUGGCACAAAUUCUGGCCAACGCGACGCUUUCCGUAGACACGUAUUUCUUUAUAAGUGGUUUCCUGUUGAUGUAUAUAUUUUUGAAGGGGCGGUCGAAAGAUAAGAAAGUCCCGCUUCUAACAGCAAGGAUGAAACAAUAUGUUGAAAUGUUCGUCAAACGAUACAUUAGACUUACGCCGGCGUAUUUCGUUAUUAUAUUGUUGGCGAUAUUCUAUUUCACGUGGCAUGAUCAAAUCUCAAUGAUUCUUCCCAUGGAACGAGUAAAUCUUGUAUGCUCGAAAUAUUGGUGGGCCAAUAUAUUUUAUAUCAAUAACUUAUACCACUGGGACAAUAUAGUUGAAUAAACAAUAUGAAACGCUGUCAGAUCUUUACAUACGACCAUGGCUUAGGAUAACACCAUACAUCGUAGGAAUGAUCACAAGUUACCUUCUCACAAAGUGGAAUUACAAGUUACAUUUAUCAAAAAAAAGUUUAAUCAUUGGUUGGACAUUGGCAAUUUUAUGUAACUGUUCGAUUCUAUUCGGCCUGGCAAACAAGGAUAUACCUUUCAGUCUAUCCGUUAUUUAUUCAACUUUAAGCAGAACAGGCUGGUCUAUUGGUAUUGCGUGGCUUGUAAUUGCAUGCUGCACGAACCACGGCGGUAUUGUGUGCAAAAUCCUGAGUUUAGAUUUUUUCGUUCCUCUGAGUAGAUUAACGUAUUGUGCUUAUCUCGUGAACCCUCUUGUGAUAUUAGGAAUUUGUUCAUCAUAUAAUUUCCCUGCUUUCAUUGAUUAUUACAAUCUAGCUGCUUUCUUUUUAACAACGAGUAUUAUAUCUUACAUAAUUGCUUUUCUAGUAUCCGCAACGACAGAAGUGCCAUUUAUAAAACUUCUCCGAUUAUACAAUAACCGGCAAAAGAGAAUGAAA